AUGGAAAAGGAAUCUUUCAUGUCUGCUGAGGUUGCUGCCAUACUUAAUAAAUCCUUCAUUCCAAUCAAGCUGGACCGGGAAGAACGACCGGAUAUUGACGAUGUGUACAUGAAUUAUGUUCAGGCUACCACCGGGUCCGGAGGCUGGCCUCUGAACGUCUUUCUUACUCCUGACCUUGAGCCAGUCUUUGGGGGUACGUACUGGCCCGGACCGAAUGCAACCCCGCUGCCAAAGCUGGGUGGUGAGGAGCCAGUUGGGUUCAUUGAUGUCCUUGAGAAGCUGAGGGAUGUCUGGAACACGCAACAGCUCCGGUGCCGGGAGAGCGCAAAGGAGAUUACUCGGCAACUGCGUGAAUUUGCAGAAGAAGGCACUCAUCUGUCCCAGGUUAACAAGAGUGAGCAAGAGGAAGACCUGGAAGUUGACUUGCUGGAGGAAGCCUUCACGCACUUUGCAGCUCGUUAUGAUGCUACAAAUGGCGGCUUUUCCGGGUCUCCCAAGUUCCCCACACCGGUCAAUUUGUCAUUUCUACUUCGCCUGUCGAGAUAUCCCGAAGAAGUGAUGGAUAUAGUUGGCCGUGAAGAGUGCGUCAAAGCCACGGAGAUGGCAGUAAAUACUAUGAUCAAGGUGGCGCGGGGAGGCAUUCGAGACCAAAUUGGCUAUGGCUUCUCGCGGUAUAGCGUCACUCCGGACUGGAGUCUGCCGCACUUUGAGAAAAUGUUAUAUGACCAGGCGCAGCUACUUGAUGUGUUUAUUGAUGGCUUUGAAGCUAGCCAUGAACCUGAGCUCCUCGGCGCCAUCUACGAUCUAGUCACGUAUAUUACAAGUACCCCCAUCUUAUCUCCGAUGGGAUGCUUCUACUCGUCAGAAGAUGCGGACAGCCAGCCUAGCCCCGAGGAUACCGAGAAGCGAGAAGGAGCCUACUAUGUAUGGACGCUGAAGGAACUGAAACAGAUAUUGGGCCAGCGUGAUGCUGACGUCUGUGCACGGCACUGGGGGGUCCUACCAGACGGAAAUGUGGCGCGAGUGAACGACCCCCAUGAUGAGUUCAUGAACAGAAACGUCCUAAGGAUUGCAACGACUCCCACCCAAGUUGCAAAGGAGUUUGGACUGAACGAGGAAGAAACAAUACGGAUCCUAAAGACGUCCAGAGUGAAACUCCGCGAGUAUAGAGAAACGAAGCGGGUACGGCCUGAACUAGACGACAAGAUCAUUGUUGCCUGGAAUGGACUCGUGAUCGGUGCGCUCGCGAAGUGUGCCAUAUUGCUGGAAGAUAUCGAUGCCGAAAAGUCAAAGCACUGCAGGCAGAUGGCCAGCAACGCUGUUAAGUUCAUCAAGGAAAACUUGUUUGAUGCCGAGUCUGGCCAGCUCUGGCGAAUCUACCGUGCUGAUUCCCGCGGAGACACGCCUGGAUUUGCCGACGACUAUGCCUACCUCAUAUCCGGCUUGCUCCAGCUCUACGAAGCGACAUUUGAUGAUGCGCAUUUACAGUUUGCGGAUAAAUUGCAGCUGUGUGGAAAAGGGAAGGGUGUAUGGCUAACAGCUCGGCUAAACGCAGAGUAUCUUAACAAGUAUUUCAUAUCCGUGUCAGCGAGUGACAGUAGCAUCUGCACGGGCUUCUACAUGACCCCGUCUGAGGCGGUGACUGACACACCCGGUGCCUUGUUCCGUCUCAAGACAGGAACCGACUCUGCCACUCCGUCUACCAACGGUGUGAUCGCGCAAAACCUGCUGCGACUGUCCUCGUUACUGGAGGACGAGUCCUACAAGCUCAAGGCCAGGCAAACAUGCCACGCCUUUGCGGUAGAGAUCAUGCAGCAUCCCUUCCUCUUCGUUGGCAUGUUGGAUGUCAUCGUCGGCCUGGAGAUAGGAACGAAGAGCGUAACGGGCGUUCUGGGACGACCAUCCGCGACGGGAGAUGACAGUGUAAAAGCGGAGAGUGAUCUGAUACGCAAGAUUCGUGCUGAGGCAGGUCGUACUGCAUCGACUAGCGCCGCAGUUCUCUCCAUGGUCGAUGUUCGUCAGUCAAGGACGGACAAGUCCAGCUGGCUUCGCGAGCGAAACCCGCUGUUCAAGGACCUUUCGUCUGGAAAGGAUUAUAUGCUCAUCUGCGAGGCGGGAUCCUGUCGAACGGUCGAUGUAGUCUAG